UACCAAUAUAUACAUAUAUAUCAAGAUUUAGAAGUUUUAUCAAAUUUCGUUAUAGGAUAAACGAAAAACAAAACGCCGUUUCGAAAAACAACUCGUUUUCCUCGGGAUGUCUGGUCGCAGUCUGCAGCCUCUCAGAGCCACAGUUCCCUUCCAGCUGCACAAUAAUAGCAAUAACAACAACAAACCCCCAGCACAGGGAUGGAGAGACAGCAAAGCGGUUGAAACCAGAACAAAGGCUCGUCCUCCCAAGCCAGUGCUAAGACGAACUCUUUCCCUGGACACUUUAGUGGGGCCAUACCUGCAAGGCCAGUGGCUCAAACAGACAGAGAGCCAGACUGUAACAUGUUUCAAUGAUAAAGCCACACAGACCCCCAGUUCCUGGGCUGUGGAUGCACGGGGCAGAAGAGGUGGCGUGGGCCACAAGCGCUCAGCAUCAUGGGGGAGUGCUGAGCAUCUCCGUGAGGUUGCUAAGCUAAGACACUCACUACAGAAGCGCUUCAGACAUGCGCCACCUUCUGUUGGCAGUGACCGGCCACAUCCACCUUCCAUUCACACAAGCGUGUCCGGGGUUACACAGACCAUCCCUCUGCUACCCCUGAGCAGGCUGUCUCCUAGACUGAGGCGUAGUGUAGAAGGACUUAACCUGGAGCUGGAAGGGGUUUUUGUUUCUGAAACGGAAGAAAAACAGCAUGAGAUUCUUGAUGUGCCAGAUGGUCACAGAGCACCUGUUCCAGUGCAGAGGUGCAGCAGUGGGUCUCAGAGUGAUCUUUCCACUGGCCUUCUUUCCCCCUCCCAGUCACCCUGUCCCAUAGUAGAUUCUGCUGUGGUUGUAUGUGGGUCGUUGGAUCCUUCUUCUUCUCCUUCUCUAUAUGUGGUUGAUGCUCUGUCAUCCUCCCCGGUGCCAAACAAGACCUAUACCUUCCAGAGGGAGCCUCCAGAGGGCUGUGAGAGAGUACGUGUGUGUGAGGAGACCUUUUCUUCCUGUCUUGGAGAUGUCCCUGUACAGCCAUCAUGCCCGGACCCUAACAAAGUAAACUUUACUUCUCAUGGAGGCUCUGCCUUUUGCCCUGUCAGUUUGCUUAAACCACUUCUCCCGUCUAUGGACUUGCUGUUUCGUGGCCUAUCAGUCUCGCCGGUGACUGCCUGCUCAGGCCAAAGCCCCAUUUCCUGCCAAUCAACAGCACAUGGGUACUUCAGUGGGCCAUUGCAAGACUCUACCACAUCCUCUGUUUGAUAAGGUGACUCAAAUGAGAAGGCAAACUGAAAAAUUAUGAACAAGAAUAGGACGGAAGUUUUAUUUUCUGAUUCUAUUAAAUAC